UACAUGAGACGUCACUCACUUCAGCCUAAGAUUUGAGAAGCUUUUGCUGCCCGACCAUUCAUUCGGCCGCCACUGCAUCUCCAUCGGGAAGCGACGUUUUCUGCUCUCUUCUUUUCUUUCUCCGAAAUGCCAUUUCAAUCGAAAACUGCCUGCACCCUCCUUGUCGUCCUCUUCACUCUCGCCUUCUUCACCACCCUCCACAGCCAACGACGGAUAAUCUCCGCCGUAUCAAAGCGAAGCACCGCUUUCUAUGAAGACGUUUUUCUCUCCUCUGCUUCCAACAACACCAUCGCUUCCCACCUCCGUCACCUCACCCUCCAGCCGCACCUCGCCGGCACGCCGUCGUCCCUCCGCACGGCGGUUUACGUCAAGUCCCAGUUCGAGUCCCUGAACCUCGCAACCCACCUCACCAACUACACCGUCCUUCUCUCUUACCCCCUGUCCUCCUCGCUGACGGCGCAUUUCAUCAAUGGCACCGCCGUCCCCGUCCCUUUAUCCGAGCCCGGGGUCCCCCAAAACGGCGUCGUAAUACCGUACCACGCUUAUUCCCCGUCGGGCUCCGCCUACGGAAGCGCCGUAUUCUUGAACCACGGGAGAGAGGAAGACUUCCGGGCGCUGGCGGAGCAAGGGGUGGAGGUGAAGGGUUGCGUCGGGAUUGUAAGGAGAGGCGGCGGGUUAUCGAGGAACGAUGCGGUUGAGAGGGCGGCGGUGCAUGGAGUGGCGGCGGUGCUCAUGUACUCUGACGGCAAGUCUACGGAAGGGGUAGAGAGAGGGACAGUGAUGGGUGGCUUGGGGGACCCACUGAGCCCUGGGUGGGCCGGGCUUUUUCCCGGAGAGAGACUCCGACUGGACGACCCGCGGGUGACUGAGAAAUUCCCGAAAGUGCCGUCCAUGCCAAUAUCCAUAGAUGCUGCAAAGAUGAUAUUGAGGUCGUUGAAGGGUUCCCACCAGGUUCCUCAAGAAUGGAAGAAGGAUCUAAAAAGCAGUACUGGGAUUGACAUUGGGGCUGUUGGGCCCGGCCCAACAAUGCUGAAAUUCUCGUACGAGGGGGAGAAAAGAAUAGGUGUAAUACAUAACGUAUUUGCUGUGAUAAGAGGAUAUGAAGAGCCGGACCGGUUUGUACUUCUUGGGAACCACAGAGAUGCCUGGACUUACGGAGCUGUGGACCCCAGCAGUGGCACUGCGGCUCUACUUGAGAUCGCUCGCCGAUAUGCUCUUCUCAUGCGGUCAGGAUGGAAUCCUCGUCGGACUAUCAUUCUUUGCAGUUGGGAUGCUGAAGAGUUUGGCAUGAUUGGCUCCGCUGAAUGGGUUGAAGAGAACCUUGUCAAUCUCGCAACUAAAUCUGUAGCCUAUCUGAAUGUUGAUUGUGCAGUUCAAGGACCUGGAUUUUAUGCAAGUGCAACUCCUCAACUUGAUAAUCUUCUUCUUGAGAUUGCUAAGAAGGUUAACGAUCCUGAUUCUGAAAAGAUGACAGUAUUUGACAAAUGGACAAUUACCAACCAAGUCAUGAAUAUCCAGCGACUUGGCCGGGUAGAUUCAGAUUUCGCUCCAUUUUUGCAGCAUGCUGGAAUUCCUUCUAUGGAUUUUUACUAUGGUGAAGGGUUUCCAGUAUACCACACAGUUUUUGACUCUUAUGACUGGAUGGUGAACUUUGGAGAUCCAUUGUUUCAACGACAUGUUGCAGUAACAGGAAUUUGGGGACUUCUUGGACUUCACCUCGCAGAUAAUUCAAUUCUACCUUUUAACUACCUCUCUUAUGCAAGACAAUUGCUGGGGUAUACACAUACUUUGAAUGAUACAUUGGGAGUGAGCUUUUCACUGCGUCCGUUAACUGAUGCCAUUCAGGAACUAAUAGCUGCAGCUACAGAAAUACAGAAAGAGGCGAAGAUACUAAUAGAGAAUGAAGCUGUGGACAAGCAUUUUAUUUUGAAGAAGCGGAUGUUAAAUGAUCGGUUGAUAUUUGCAGAAAGGGGUUUUUUAGAUGCAGAUGGACUUGAAGAAAAUCAAUGGUUCAAGCAUCUUGUUUAUGGUCCGUGCAUUGCUAAUGAGAGAAAGCUAGAUUUCUUUCCUGGAAUUGUCAAUGCCAUUUAUGGAUCCACCGGGAUGAAUAAGAUGGAAAGGGAAGGUGUGAUUAGGCAUGAGAUUUGGAGAGUUGCAAGGGCUAUUCAACGAGCUGCUCACGUUCUCACAGGCCAACUGACCUGAAAGCCAAGUAAACCCCAAAAGCACUUAGCAAUGCCACGUGACCUGUAAAUUUUCUAUUUUUUCCCGACCUCAAUAUGCAAUGCCUAGUGGUGCCAUUUGUCCCAAAGGCUGAUGGACACUGCUCUCAUGAUCUGCGGAUUAAAUUUUGGAAUAGGAUGCAAGAUUUUUCCCUGUGCCGGCAAAUUGCAUUCCUGAAAGAUUUAGUUUUAGAGGGAUUUGUUUGUCCAUAUAUUGUGUAAUUUUGACAAAGUGAGGAAUUUUGUAUGUUGCUAUACCAAAAUUAAUUUGAUGUCAUUGUAAAUAUAAUGAACAAAUAUUGUAUGGCAUCCUGCAUGUUUAAACAUUUUUGAGU